AUGAGUCAAAUAUAUGAUAUACCAGCGGAAAGCUUUCAAAUACAAGAUGAAAAUGAAAAUACUCACAAAAGUUACAAAAAUGAUUUUAAAGACUAUGUAACGCCUAAUGUUCUGCUGGCAUCUAAUCCCAUAUGCUCAAAAGUAUUUGUUGGUCCAAUCUUAUCACCUGAAGCCGUGAUGAAAUCAUCAAAAUGGAGUGAUUAUAAAGAAAAUAAACGUGUAUUAUGUUCUCGAACCAGUGUUUUUCCUUCACAAUGUUCUUCUGUCUCCCCUGUAAAAGUAGAUUUAGAUUUAGAAACCUCACAAAUAGUAGAGUAUAUUAGAGCAUCUGAGCCUUCUACAUUUUCUCCGUCUUUACUUACCAAAGGUAACAAGACACUUUUAACUACUGAUGAGCACGGUGCAAGUAUACCUUCUGUGGUUAACAUACCAAGGGACAAGUCUAAUAAGGAAAAAAAUGAAAAGACAUUAAAUAAAUUUAUUCAAAACAAGAAAAAUAGGGUAGAAGGCUUUCAUAAUGAUCCCGACAUAAUGAAUAUUGGAAGUUAUAAUAGGGAAUACGAGUUAUCAUCACCUGAUGCAUUUUCUGAAAAUAAUGAUAACUUCUAUGGUGAAGUUCCCUUCGAUGCUUUUUUCACUAAAUAUAAUUUACCAGAAGCUUUCGUUCCCGUAAAUAUAAUGCCUAUGGGCCGUAAGUUGUUGCCCAAUACUCUGAAGUUAGAUUUAGUGGCUCUUUCCGGUUUAGUUUCCAAAAUCAAUGAUUUCCCACCAUUUCUAAACCAAUCUGGUAUUAAUAAUAUUGGCACUGAAAUUGACAGUCAUGAUAUUGGUCGGUCCAGCGACCAGCUACUUGAAAAAAAAUUAGUUGAUAUAUUAGAUUGUGAAAUAAGCGGUGAAUUUCCCGAAUCACCAAUUUUAGAAAAAUUACAACAACAACUUAAGGCCAAGCGCACUAAACUCAAAUGGUAUCAUUGUCCAUUAUUCUACUUAUUGGGGAUUGACCCUACUGGUUAUUAUGAUUUAGUUGAAAGAGCAGAAUAUAUUAAAAGGUAUCCAUAUUCUAGUCUGUUGAAAAGCACGUGGAUAUUAGGCAAUGACGAUGAUCCGAAUGAUGAUGAUCAAGAUAGCGAAGAAAACUACUGCUAUAAUGAUGAGGGAAAUACACGUAACAAUAGCAGAGAAAGAGAUAUUUUCCAACACACAUUCGAAUUUGGGGAGGUCUAA